GCCAAACUCGCAGGCUCGCAGCUUUCUUUGUGUCUGAGGAUAACUGCCUGCCUCUCUGCUUUUCUUUAGGUUUUCCUCAUUUACUCAAUUUCUUUGGCCACUUCCGCUUCUUGCUGCUAAGCCCUUCAUAAACGCACGCCUCUCUCGGCGCACUGAACUCGCUGCCAGAUCUUCGUCCCAAAGCAAUAUUCACUUUGACAUAUCCAUCACAGUACUGGUUAACUGUUCCCCAUGCUCUAUUAGAACCUCAGAAUUGUUUCACUGAAUUUAUAUUGGGCAAGAUGAGCACAUCUAGUCGGCUACAAGAAAAGAACAGAAAAAGUAGUGGGAUUUCCCUGCAUCAUGAUGAAGAAAGUGCUGCUAGGACAAGGCCUUUCAGCUGUGAAGAGAUUAUGCUUAGGAGGAACAACAAAAAGUUAUGUGAUAAUGCCAUUGAUCUAAGGAAUAUACCAAGGGAAUCUAUUGUUGAAAAUGUUUCAGAUCGUUUUGAAUCUGAAAGGGAUUACGGACACCAUAAAGAUUUACCCCCUUUUGUUGAAAAAUCUGUCUCAGACGAAGCUGUGAAGGCAAGUUCCAGAAAGAAAGAAACAUAUAAUUCCAAGAGUGCUAAAACAGAAGUUGAUUUUGCUAAAGGGAAAGAUAGAGGAGGCCAUGAGUCCGAAAGCUUGAAGGAUAAACCGAAGAAAGAUACAAGAACUGAAGCGAAAGGAGGAAAAACUGAAAAACAAGUACACAGCAGAAAAAAAGUUGACGAACACUCAAUUGAUAACUUUCCAAGUGAAUCUGUGAAGAAGCAUUCAAGGGACUCAAAAGGAAAGGAGAGACAUGGGGACCUAAGUAGAGGAAACUCUGAACGAGAAAGCAAGAGAAAAUACCAGAAUGGAAAUGAGGACAAAAUUAGAGACAGAAAUGCUCCAAAGAAACACGAUCCAGGGAAACAUCAUCUUGUAGAAGUUUCAGAGAGAAAGGAGACGAAAGAACCGUCAAAAUCACGUUUGGAAAAAUCAAGGCUAAAAAGGGGACGGUCAAGAAGUAGAGACCGUGAGGAUGGACAUGGAUUUAGAUCUGUCUCACCAAGGGCACAAAAGUAUACAUCUCAUAAUUUAGGGAUGCGCAGCGAGAUACAUGUGCUCAAAGAUAGAUCUGAAAGACAGCAUUCCGAUAUUGACAGGAGCAGAGUAUCUAGUAAUGGCUCAAGUAGCCACUAUCGGCGACAUGGUGUGCCUGUGAAUAGGCUUGGUGGCUAUUCACCGAGGAAGAGAAGAACUGAGUCUGCUAUUAAGACUCCAUCCCCACCUGAUCGUUCACCUGAAAAGAAAAGAGCCAGGUGGGAUCAUCCCCCUACAGCGACUGACAAGGUAUUAUCUGGUUCAGUUGCUUCUCUUUUUAAUUCAUCAAACAGUAAUAUGUCCUCAAAUGUACAUGAGAUGGCCAUUGCUGUUGCUGUUGCUUCGGCUACUAGGAAAUCUAUUUCUGGGGCUUCUCCUAAUUCUUUAUUGUCUAAGAAGAAUGCUUCCAUUGACUCUGUACAACUAACACAAGCUACUCGGCCUAUGAGGAGGCUUUGUGUAGAAAAUGUUCCAUCUUCAACCUCUGAGAACACUUUAGUGGAAUCUCUUAAUAAUUUUUUGUUGUCUUCGGGUGUCAACCAUAUCCAAGGAACACGACCAUGCAUUAGUUGUUCGAUUAACAAAGAAAAGGGUCAAGCUGUUGUGGAGUUUCUUACGCCUGAAGAUGCUUUGGCUGCUCUAUCAUUUGACGGCAGUGACUUCUCUGGUUCCAUUCUUAAAAUAAGGCGCCCUAAAGACUUUGUUGAAGUGGCUACUGGUGACCCAGAUGAAUCAAUGGCUGUGGUUGAGACAAUUAGUGAUGUUGUGAAGGAUUCACCCAACAAGAUUUUCAUUGGUGGAAUUUCAAAGUCUCUUUCAUCAAAAAUGCUUAUGGAGAUCAUUAGUGUCUUUGGACCUUUGAAGGCAUACCAUUUUGAGGUCAAUGAGGAACUUAAUGAAUCAUGUGCUUUUCUGGAGUAUGUAGACCAGUCGGUUACUCUCAAAGCGUGUGCAGGUCUGAAUGGUAUGAAAUUGGGUGGAAGAGUGCUAACUGCAGUUCAAGCAAUUCAUGAUGCACCAUCCUUGGAAAAUGGAAAUGUGUCAUUACAUGAGAUCCCAGAAUAUGCAAAGCCACUUCUCAAACAACCUUCGCAGGUCCUAAAGCUCAGAAACGUGUUAAAUCUGGAGCACAUUUCACUACUAUCUGAACCAGAGGUAGAAGAAGUUCUGGAAGAUGUGCGAUUAGAGUGUGCCAGGUUUGGAGCUGUCAAAUCUGUAAAAGUUGUCAAGCAUUGCAACAAUUAUGUCACCACGGGGGUAUUUGAAGCCUUCAAUGAUGCAGAAUCUGGGGGGUACCAGAACAUCUUAGAGUCCGAACAAAAGGGAGCAAAAACAGAUACUUUGGAAGAACAUAUUGAUAACAAGUUCGUGGAGUUUCCUAGCAAUGCCAAAGAAGUUAAAGAAGAAGAAGUUAAAGAAGAUGAAGUUACCAAAGGUAACUGCUUUAGUGUAACUUCUUCAGAUGAUGAGCCUACAGAUGAUUUUAUGGAGGAAAAAUCAUGUAAAAUGGGUCAAUUUGGUGAAGAUAUCGAAAUCAAAGGAAGCGAGAACCCAUCUAACAGGGUUCCUGAGCAACUCCACAACCAACUGAACAGCACGAAAGAUGCUUCCGAAUACUAUGAUGAUAAAGCUACUGAAGCUAUUGAAAUAAAUGACUUAAGUUUGGAAAACAAAUUAAUGGCUGAAGAAGAGGGAUCAACUCAAGAGGAAGCUGAUGGUGAGAAACUAAGAAGUUUUGCUGGAAAGGACUUUAGUUUGGGAACAGAGUCGGAUGCUAAUGAGAAGAUUGAAAUUAAGGAACAGAAUCAUGGGAAGGAGCAUGAUUAUGAUCUUGGAAGCAUAUUUGAGCCAGGGUGUGUUUUUGUGGAGUUUGGAAGAAUAGAAGCCUCUUUAAUGGCAGCACAUUGUUUACAUGGACGGGUUUUUGAGGAUCGGAUUGUGACAGUGGAAUACAUUUCACUUGAUCAUUACAGGGCUCAUUUCAAAAUUGAGUAUGUUUGAUUGCUAUUGACAAUGCUCGUGUUGUAAUGACAUGUUACCCAUUUAGGCAGGCUUCAUGAUCGAACUAUGCUGGUGUCUCCGUAGUCAACAUUUUCCAGCCCUGUUAACAUGUUAUCUUUGAGCUUUGGCCAUGACAUGUAUGGGCAUUUUAUUAGAGUUUGACCAGGUUGAGGAUGCUGAAAUCUUAUUAAAAAGAUUCAGUUUGAUGUUUAAUCUAACCGGUGCUUCGUUCCAGAGUAUGAAGUGAAAUGUGAAACGGGUACGAUGCCCUUUGUUAAAGCCUUACAGUAAUGAGGAUGAUUAUGGAGAG